GCAGUCAAAAACACACUCUCGCUUCGAAGUGUUGACGAUUCGAGUGUACAUUUGGUGGUGUUCUGGACGGAGAUCUCGCACGUCAGGGAAAAGGGCAGCACAAGUGCUCCUCUCCGCGAGGAUAUUCAUGCUAAUUGACUGAUCAGUGAUCUGUGGUGUUGGUGCAAAGAUGCAGAAGCCCUGCGGACCCAACGCACUCGUCCACCUUUUGCACCGUGAAAGCGGAAAAAAUGCUCGACUCUCCUUUCGUCAGAACAUCUUUGGGGAGCGCCUCAAGGUGGCACAGAAUCUGUACAGGAAGGACCUCAUCUCGCACACGGGGUGCGUCAAUGCCAUUGAGUUUUCGCAGGAUGGAGAGUACAUGGCAUCAGGUGGAGACGAUCGGAAUAUCCUGCUGUGGCACCUGGAGACCGCCCUGGCGGAGAAGCAGAAGCCCUGCCGCAUGAAGAAUCAGCAUCUCAGCAAUAUCUUCUGCCUGGGAUUCAACAGUGACAACACGAGAAUCUUCUCGGGAGGCAACGACGAUGCAGUCAUUGUUCACGACGUCUCGAGUGGUGAAACCAUUGAUGUCUUCACGCACCCCAAACCCGUGUACGGCUUGUCAAUAGACACGACAAAUGAGCAGAUCUUCGCGACUGCCUGCGAGGAUGGGAAACUGCUGAUCUUCGACUUGAGACUGAGCGCCGAGGUGCUCAAUGUGGCCAAGUGUCGGGCGCCCUUUCACGCCGUGAUGUUCCACCCGCUGGACGGGAGUUUCUUGGUCAGCGGCAAUGCCAAGGAGGGCGCCGCGCUGUGGGACUUGCGACGCCCCAAGACGCCCACAAUUCGCUACGGCUUCCGCGAGGACACGUCGCAGAGCUGCAUGAGCGUCCGCUUCAACACGCUCGGCAAUCAGAUCCUGGCCCUGCGCCGCCGCCUGCCGCCCAUUCUCUACAACACCCUCUCGCCGGAUCCCAUCUGCCAGUUCUACCAUCCCGACUACUACAACUCCUGCACCAUGAAGAGCUGCACAUUCGCCGGGGAGAUGGACGAGUACGUGCUGUCGGGCUCGGACGACUUCAACCUGUACAUGUGGCGGAUCGGGGACGCCGACUGCACGCAGACGGACCAGUGGGUGGACACGAAUCAGGUGGUCCUGUACGGCCACCGCUCAAUUGUCAAUCAAGUGCGCUACAACUCGCAGAAGUGCAUGAUCGCGUCUUCUGGCGUGGAGAAGGUGGUGAAGAUAUGGAUGCCAUUCGCCGCGGAGGGCUGGGAAGGGGGACUGGUGGAGAGGCCCACCGGGCCGGAGAAUCCGCGUCGCAUCUACACACACGACGAGUACCUGUCGAUGGUGCACAUCGGCGGCCAGAAUCUGGUGCAGGACUACAACAAUCAGAACACCGUCGAGGAUCCACGCAUGAUGGCAUUCUUCGACUCGCUGGUGCAGCAGGAGAUCGAAGGAUGGAACAGCACAGACAGCUCAGACUCCCAUCAGCAGACCGAGUACAGCUACAACAGCUCCCGACCCACGUCCUCCCAAUCGUCAGACAGUGAGUCUGUGCACUACUUUUCGCAGAGAGAUCUCUAUCGACACCGCCUGACCAAUAAUCCCAGCAAGCCACCGCGAUCCAUCUACCCGAAUCGCAUCGCGUACUUGAUCGCCACGAAGAGGAACACGCUCAAGAGGCUCGCCCUCAAGGGUGCCGUCAACACGUCCAAUCGCGUGAAGAUGGGCAAACUCUGCGGUCGCAAGCUGAAGCGCUCCGGCUUCAGAGGCACACGCAAGGGCACAUCCAGCAAGAGGGUGAGCCGUCAUGGAUCGAAGACAGCCUACCGACGACGGUGCACAGAUCAAAGUACCGACACUGAAGUGCCCAAGAAAGCGACCACCAAGAGGCGGGUGCAGACGUUUCACCACAACUCACACUUCCGCGUGACAUUCCGUCGGAAAGGCAAAUCGACUAAUCCCGCCACAAAGCCUUCUGACACCAGCUCAGAUGAGGACUCGAGCGGAAACUGCUUUGGGAUGCCGAGGCUCGCUUGUCUUCCCACCGGUGCCAGCGCCACAACAGCCAAUUCAAACGGCAUGAGCACGUGUGAUAAUGCCGCGGAUGUGCCCAGCACCAGCACUGGCAUUACAAGCAACGGGAAGGGUCUGCUCUUCCGCCUCGCGCAGCAGUCGAUGGACUCAGACGACGACGAUGACUACGACCACCCACCCAGGAUGCCGAACGGCGUGGUCAACGGGCGGUGCGGCGCCCCAGAGAAGACGGCACGCCCACCUUGUCCCAACACAGACAUCUACUCGAGUCACUCGAACUCGCGCCUGUCCAACAGCAGUUGCCACAAUGAGACUUCCACGAGCAAUGACAGCUUCCUGGACCACUCAGCCAGCACGGGAAAGGAGAAGAAUGGAAAUGCAUCCCAGCAGACGCCCAAGGAUGUGACAAGCACGCCCGACAGUGGCAUCGCCUCCACUGUGGCCGGAGGAUCCUCCGCGCAGACUGACAAUGCCAACACUGUGAACAACAAUGUGGAGACGGAGGAGGGAAUCGCGGUGUCUUACAAGAUCUUUCAGCAGAAAGUGGCCCGCGUGAGGCGAAACUAUCGGCAUCACUUUGGCGAUGAGUCCAAUAGUGAUUGAGAGGGAUGAUGAACAGGAGAGGAAGGUGAGUUUUAGCAUGUAACUUAACAUGGAUUGAGCCACAAUAUUACCCCCUCUUCUUAAUAUAAAUUUGCUUAUGACACUGUCUUGUAAGAAAUUAUGGAGAAAUGAAAAUUUGAUGAGUGACUACAA